AUGGAAAACUGCAAUUUCACUGGUGGUUCUGUUCAAUACUUCUUUGUCGUUGGUUUUCCCAAUCUUCAAGAUCACCACCAGUUCCCUCUUUUUUUUGUCUUUUUGGUAUUUUACCUGCUAAUCCUUGCCAGUAACUUGACCGUCAUCAUGGCUGUUUUUAUAGAUCCAAAACUCCACAAACCGAUGUAUUUUUUCCUGACUAACCUCUCCAUCUUAGACAUUCUGCUCACCACCACAACCAUUCCCAAAAUGUUGGCCAUGUUUUUAGUCAAUUCUAAAUUUAUCUCUGCCCAGGGGUGCUUCCUGCAGAUGUAUUGCUUCCAUGGGCUGGUGGUGACAGAAACUUUCCUCCUAGUCAUCAUGUCUUAUGACCGCUAUGAGGCCAUCUGCAACCCCUUGCGUUAUACGGCCAGAAUGACAAAGAGAACUAAUAUCCAGCUGGCAGCAAGUGCCUGGUUUUCUGCACUAUUGAUCCCGAUCCCAGCUGUUGUCCAGGCAUCUCAGCUGGACUUCAGCAGAACCCCGAAAGUUUACCAUUGCUUUUGUGAUCACUUGGCUGUUGUCCAAGCAGCUUGUCAAAAUUCCUACACCGACUUCCAGAAUUUUCUGGGGUUUACAAUCGCUAUGGCUGUCUCCUUUAUUCCCCUUUUGCUUGUCUCCAUUUCCUACGUCCACAUCAUUAUCUCCGUCUUGCGAAUGAACUCUAAAGAAGGGCGCAAGAAGGCCUUUUCAACCUGUUCCUCCCAUCUGAUUGUGGUUAGCACAUAUUAUUCCUCCAUUGCCAUGUCGUAUUUCUCCUACAGAGCUGACAUGCCCAUCGAUGUCCAUGUUAUGAACAAUGUGGUUUUUGCUAUUUUAACCCCUUUAGUCAAUCCUGUUAUUUAUACUCUGAGAAAUACGGAAAUCAAAAGGGCUGUGAAAAAAAUGGUCAUUCUCAAAAAAAAUCCGCAAUGGUAG